AUGGUGGCUGUUGAUAGGACACGGAAGGAAGCAGUCGAGAAAGCUGCAAGGUCAAGGCAAGAGAAGGACAAGAUCAAUCGACUGAAGAGAAUUGAUUGGCUGGGGGAUAAGACAAUGUUUGAGGGGCUGGAGAGGGACAAGGAAUUUGAGAAAAAGAGACAUUUACCCGGAAGUGUGAGUGUCGCGGAGACAUGGGUAGUGAGAUUUGGGAAAUG